CUGGCCGUCCUUUGUGUCGUUCCUCGAUUUGCAGCGACCUCGUCACUGCUGGACGAUGGACGAGGGGAAAGACCGGAGCUACCAUGAGUCGCCGGCAACGCCGCGGGCCAAGCCGUCGACGCCAUUCAGCCACCAGCCGAACCCGUUGGCCACUGCGUCGCUGCCCUCCAUCAUCCUGGCUCAAUGGAUUCAGCCCAUGGUAUCACUGGGAGCUCGACGCGUGCUCGAGAAGGAGGACGUGUGGCCCAUUUGCUCGGGUGAUGCGUGCGAAUCGCUCGAGAAACGAUUCCGGCAAGUGUACGAGCCAAACCGUCGGCACUGGUUCAAUUUAUCGCCACUAGCUGUGGCGUACGCACGGACGUUCCAGACCGAACUCACGUUCGUGUUGAUAACCUGCGUGUUGUACGUGGUCGCGUUGGCUCUGCAGUCGUACGUGGCGCAGGCUAUUCUCCAGUUCCUGAAUGAGGAAGAGAACCUGUUUCAUAUCUCCAGUGGCUACUGGUUAAUGGUCAUGAUGACGCUCAGCUCGCUCGUGGCCGUGUGUGCACUCAACUACGUCUUCUUCUCGGCGUCGCGUAUAGGUGCCAACAUGCGGUCCUUGACCAUGUCGCUCGUGUUCGAUAAGGCCUUGAAGUUGUCGAGUGCCGCGCGACAGGAUUACACGACCGGCGAGGUGCUGACGCUCAUGAGCGUCGACACGGAGCGGGUGUUCUUGCUGAUGAUCCAGGGCCCGUGGCUGUUUAUGGGUCCGCUAUCAUUCAUUAUCUCGGUUGUGCUUAUCGGCAUUCUCUUCGAUUUCUACUCAGCUCUUGGAGGAGCAGUUGUGCUGGCCGUCGUGAUGGCCAUUUCGGCCAAGCAAGGACGUCGCAUUGCUGACUUCCAGAAGAAACUACUCAAGGUUAUUGACGAGCGUGUUAAAGUUACGUCUGAAGCGCUGCAAGGUAUUCGCGUUAUGAAGUUCUACGCGUGGGAGGAAUCAUUGGCCCAACGCGUGGAGAAACUUCGAGUGAAGGAGGUGAGUUUGUUACGGAAGUUCCACAUGUACCAGGUCGUCAAUACGGUCAUGCUGUUCCUCACGCCAAGCUUCGUCUCCGGUGUUACGUUGGGCAUCUACGUGCUCAUUCAUCACACUAUUACAGUCGUGGAGGCGUUCACGCUUGUGGCCAUGGUCAACAUUUGCCGAACGGCGCUGAAUCAACUUCCUCAGGCCGUCGCGGGCAUCUUCAAGGCCAAGAUCUCGUACGCUCGUUUGGAUGCUUUCCUCGCUAGUGCCGAGAUAGACACCCAGCCAUUUUUUCUGCCAGAAGGUAGCACACCCACGGCCAAGUCUCCACUACUUGCUAGUACUAAUGAUGUUUACGGUUCAUCGAUCGGCCACGGGCGAAUUUCCAUCCGCAACGCCAACUUUGAGUGGCCUACCACCUCACAAACAGAGGUUGUAGUGGCAGCAACAGAGAGCGAAGACACCCAAAGCAACAUUAACAGUGGCUUCAAACUUGAAGGGAUCAACUUGGAAAUCGAGCGUGGUUCACUGGUGAUGAUUGUGGGUAAGGUUGGGUCUGGUAAGUCUAGUCUCCUUAGUGCUCUUCUUGGUGAGAUGUCGCGCACGUCUGGUGUGCUGGAAAUCGGUGGACGCGUGGCGUAUGUUAGCCAAGACACCUGGAUCCGCAAUGCAACUCUGCGUGAUAACAUUCUGUUCGAGCAAGACUACGAUGCUGAACGAUACGAACAGAUACUGGAUGCGUCACAACUGGCAAUGGACCUGAAAGCUCUACCCAACGGAGACUCGACGGAGAUUGGUGAACGUGGCAUCAACUUGAGUGGCGGUCAGAAAGCUCGAGUGGCUAUCGCUCGUGCGAUGUACCGGACAGGGACGGAUGUGCUGAUUUUGGAUGAUCCGUUGAGUGCUGUGGAUCCCCACGUAGCUCAUGCGAUUUUCGACAAGUGUAUCGUUGGUAUGGCAGGCGAUCAGACUCGGUUGCUGGUGUUGAAUAGCCACUACGAUCUCUUGGCACAUGCCGACCAGAUUGUGGUUAUGCACGAUGGCGCUAUCGUCGGUCAUGGCUCGUAUGCAAAUGUACUGGCGGAAUUCCCGUCCCUAGCAUCAGAACACACUGAUCACAAGUCUGUGGUCGAGUCCGAAGACGGUAAGACAGCUACUGAAUCGCCAGAGACAAGAAAAAGUGAGGACGUUGAGGAUGUUCAAGCUGAAAAGGAAGAAGUCAUUGAAGUCGAGAAAGCUUCAGCAUGUCGUUUGAUUCGCGCUGAAGAUCGUGUCAAAGGCACGGUUGGAGCGCACGUCUACAAGGCGUAUUUUGACGAGACUGGGGUUAAUGGCUGGAUGGUGGUGCUAGUGAUCAGUAUCAUGUAUUGUGUGGGUCAAGGUGCGCGGACCACAGUGGAUUGGUGGCCUGGUCAUUGGGCUCGCAACAUGCCUCGACGCGAAGUGGACCCGACGUACUCUGGAACGACGUUCGGCAUGUGGUAUCUCGGGCUUAUCGUGCUGUGCUCAAUCCUGACUUUGAUACGUGGAGUUAUGAUGAUCGAGUCGUGCAUGCGUUCGUCACAACACAUGCACGACGAGCUAUUCCGUCGCGUGUUACGUGCUCCUGUAACUCGGUAUUUCGAUGUGACUCCGAUCGGACAGAUUCUGAACCGGUUUUCAAAUGAUUUGGACCAAAUGGAUACAACGUUGCCAUUGGAGUACCAGCUUUUCUUCCAAAACGUAUCAAUGGCUCUCGGCUCAUUGGUGGUCUCGGCUUUUGCGUCGUAUUGGAUUGGGAUCUCCUACAUUCCUCUCUUCAUUAUCUUCGUCAUGACGGGGCAAUACUUUAAGAAAACCUCACGUGAACUCAAGCGACUGGAAGGCAUCACACGCACUCCGGUUUACAAUCUGUUUAGCGAGACUCUGUCGGGACUUCCGACGAUCCGUGCGUUCCGUAUGGAGAGGGAAUUCUCUGCGCGCAACCGCCAAGUUGUAGAUACGAAUGCAAACAUGUACUUGACGUACUGGUCUGCUAGUCGCUGGCUUGCAACGCGUCUAGAUCUCAUGUCCGUGGUCAUCAUCUUCGUCGUCACGCUGUAUCUGGUGGCUACACGCGGCGAAAUCGGCUCAAUGACGUCAGGGCUGUCACUAACGUAUGCGCUUAUGCUCACGUCGGUCAUUCAGUGGGUUAUGCGCUCUGUGGAUCGUGUUGAUAACGCGACAACGAGCGUGGAGCGACUACUUUUCUUCCGCGAAAUCGAGCGCGAAGAUGAUGGCGGCGAGCAGAUUGACGAUCUGGUAGCUGGUAGUCACCAGAUGAAUGCUGGAUCAGGUCACUCUUGGCCGUGGAGUGGUGCAGUUCGGUUCGAGGGACUUUGCCUACGUUACCGACCAGAACUUCAACUUGUACUCAAAGGUGUUGAUAUGAGCGUCGCUGCCGGUGAGAAAGUUGGUAUCUGUGGACGUACCGGAGCUGGGAAAUCUUCGCUUAUGGUUGCGCUCUUCCGUAUCUGCGACUUCGACAGCGGACGUGUAUUCAUCGACGAUGUCGAUAUCGCUACUAUUAACCUCCGUGAACUCCGACGUAGCCUCGCCAUCAUCCCGCAGGACCCCGUGCUCUUCAGCGGACCCCUUCGUGAAAACCUCGACCCGUUCCACGAGUAUUCGGAUGAGCGUAUCUGGAACGUACUCAAACAGGUUCACAUGGCUGAUAGUCUGCGAUGCUGGGGAGCUGGCCUCGACUUCGAGGUGGCAGAAGGUGGAGACAACCUGUCAGUGGGUCAACGUCAGCUCAUCUGCAUCGGUCGUGCACUGCUCAAGGACAGUAAGGUGGUGGUGCUGGACGAGGCCACGGCUAAUGUGGAUACAGCCACCGACGCACUCAUCCAGACGACCAUCAAGGAGACGUUCAAGGACAAGACGGUGCUGGUCAUCGCGCACCGUAUCAACACGAUCAUGCAUUGCGACAAGAUCGCCGUGAUGGACGCUGGUCGUGUCGUGGAGUUUGACACUCCGUCAGAGUUGUUGGCACAGCCUCAGUCAGUGUUCGCUGCCCUUGCGAAGAUGUCGAAUACGACAUAACAAAUGAUACUGUUCUGGAAUAGUUCCGUGAAGGUUAGUCGUUCAUAACAACAAGUUUCUUGUUGAUAGUUGUUAUUGCAUAUUGCAAGGUAGCUUUUCAGUACUGAAGAUUAAUUCGGCACACCGAAUAUUAAUUUUAGUCUCUUUAAAUUGAAAUCAUAAAAC